GAAUUUAGAUAACUCUUGAAUCUUUAUUUGGAGAGCUCUUAAUAAAUUCAUUGUAUUAAAAUAGCAACUGAUAAUUAAGUUUUACAGGUAAAAGUUUGCCAGGCCAGUGAAUAUUUUAAAACAUGAUUGCAUAAGCAAUUGAAUAACCGAAUAAACAUAGGUGGAAUUAUAUUAAGCAAGAAUAGAAAUUGAGAAUUAAACAAUUUGCAUUUUAAGCAUAAUAGAAAAGAUUUUUAAAAACAGCAAAAAAAAUAAUUGAAGGAAAUGGAUGAGCCCCAACCAGGUCCGAGUCACGCGCCUAUUCCUGUUAUCAAACAGGACACCGUAACUUCGGAAGAUGAUAGCAGUUCCAUACCAUUUGCUGAUAGCCCAGAUUCCCCACCUUUGGUAGGGAUUAGAAAAGCCAGCGUUGCCGCCCAGCAUAAUCUUCACGAUGGCAUCAUUUUAUUGAUAACAAGUGACACAGAAAGUCAAAGAUCACCCAACGGUUCCAUCGCUCAGCACCCGUUGUCUGAGUUCUACCUGUUACCUCUGCCUCAAGACGCAUUGAGUUCGAAUAGGAGAUACUCUCUCCAGGACAGGAGCGGAAAGAACCACCAUAUUCAUCCCGAAAGAAAAGCCUCCUGCCCAGACGCUGAACUUCACUUGAGUCCUGACAGAAGCCGAAGAAGCAGCACUUGUAGCCGAAAAUCAGAGUUGGAUAUCAGUAAAGAUCGGUUGACUCCUACUUCCUUCUCCAGCAGACGCUCAAGUAAUGCAAGCGUUUGCCAUUCCUCAUCACGUAGAUCUUCAAACUGCAGUUUGGCGGGCCAUCAUAGAAGGAGGUCCAGCAACUGUACCAACUGCAGUCGCCGAUCGAGCACCAGCAGCGUUAGUCACAGCCGACGAUCUAGCACUGCAAGCCAUAGGUCUAGCCCAAGUCACUGUAGUCGAAGGUCUAGCAACUGCAGCCGCCGAUCUUCGCACUUCGACUCGGAUGAGGAAUCUUUCCUACACCAGCAUUCCUCCCAUCACCACCACCACUGUCACAGAGGAUCACGUUCCAGUUUAGAUCCUCUACAUCGCGGAUCCACCGCAUCAGUAGAUAUUGGGGGAAUGAGAAGAGGAUCACACCUUCCUUCACCCCAACAGCAGAAGGAAGAGCUGGACGAGCAGGAGGAGCUGGAGAUGGGCGGCAUUCCUGCAAGGCAUCGCAGGAUUAUCAUCAUGAUUAUAGGAUCCGUGUCCAUCUUCAUCCUGGUCAUGUCUGUUGUCCUCAUCGCAGUCUCACUGACCUUGUCACCGACCAUUGAUGAUCUAG